AUGGCUACUGACGAAUACCCACCCUUUGUACCGAUGCCCUCGCUCCGCAACGAGCUAGGGGUGAUGUUCGGCUUCUUCUCUCUCUGCAUAGUGGUUAUGGGAGCAUAUGUUGCUCUGUGGCGUAGAUACCAAACCCGCCUAGACGCUCAAGACCUCGCCCACCGCAAAUCCCUUCGCAACAAAAGCCAAACACAACCACUCCUAGGAACAACAACCUCCGUAACAGCAGGCCGAAGCCCAAAUCCCAGCAACGACACCACUACCUCAAAAACCAAAGCAAGCGUGCAAGAAAGGAUGCUCGACUACAUCAGCAUGCCAGAGAACCGCGCCGAGCUACCAGUCCACGGGAUGGAGAUGUAUGCACCUAGGAAAGGAAAUGCGAUCACAUCGCAUAUCAGGUGUCCGUUUAGUCGGUCUACGCCGCUGAGUUCUGCUAGUCCGGUUGGGGGUGGGAUUGCGGCUGAGUCUAUUGUUGGAAUGACUUUGGAGGGGGGAAGGAGUUUGAAUCAGUGUCUUUUGCGUGUUGAUGGGUUUCGGUCGGCGAGUCCAGCCAGGAGGUUUGGCGGUGGGAGUGGUCCGGCUGUUGAGAUUGGACCUGCGCCUAGUCGGGAGUAG